AUGACAGUUUUUAAAGAACUGAUAUGUGAAAUCAUACAGUUAAAUAUUUUAGAUGCUGACGAACAACGCAUUGUGCGGAGAGAGAACGAAGUUAUUGUCGCUUUCUAUGCUACCGUUGGUCAACAUCAUAUUGAACAUGCAGGAGCGAACCAGGCAAUUGUCUUCGAUGACGUCAUCACAAAUCUGGGAACUGCUUACAGCAAGUAUGCGGGAGAUUUUAGGGCCCCUGUAUCAGGAACCUAUGUUUUCUCAGUAACGCUCAUGGCAUAUGGCGGACACACAACACACUACCGUAUUGUGAAGAACGGGACGGGGAUGGGCAAUAUCUAUCUUCGUGGUCAAGAUGGCGCCUAUACUUCUUCCGCCCUGACAACUGUGCUUGAGUUAAAACAAGGAGACAGUGUCUCCGUACAAAACAUCGAUCCUGAUGAAUAUCUUUUCGGGUAUGCAUACAAUGCAUUUUCUGGCUUUCUGCUACAACAAGACUUUUCAAAUCAAGCUAUUGUUGGCAAAUAA